AUGCCAUUCACCAAACUUUUUCACUCUAAAUAUCACCAUUGUCUUUUGGUGUCUUUCCAUACAUGUGUGUGUGCUCAGUUUUGUCCAACUCUUUGUGACUCCAUGGACUAUAGCCCACCAGACUCCUCUAUCCAUGGAAUUUUCCAGGCAAGAAUACUAGAGUGGGUUACCAUUUCUUCCUCCAGGGGUCUUCCCAAUCCAGGGAUUGAACACACAUCUCCUGAAUUGGCAGGCUUAUUCUUUACCACUGAGCCACCUGAGAAACCCUUUAACAAUACAAGCAGCAACAAUGAUAAUAGUAGCAUGACCAACUAUUUUUUUAAAAAGCUUUAA